AUGGCUCGAACACGAGGAGGUUCUCGUGUUGGCAUGAUGCAGCGACGUCCUCGUAUCUAUGAACACCCGAAUAAUUUUCAAAAGUUUAAUGGAUGGAUUGAAAGAAAUGAUCAAUCCAAGCACACUGAUUUGCUCUCACAUUAUGCUCCAUACAGCCAUUGUUCAAAACUUGCACGAUUAUGGAUUUUAAAAGAUAUUAACAACAAGUUGAUCAACUCGGAAGAACAGAUGAAAAACCAAACUUCGAAUUCUGAUACUGUAACAGAAUGGGCAACAGAGGUGGCCUUACAAAAAUUGCGAGAGCUUCCGAUGGAUGCAAAAGCCUACAUUAUUUGUUUUAUAUCUACCAAUAGUUGGGUCACAAAAUCGUACAAUAAUUUUACAUCUAUUUUAGAGCCAAAAAAGCAACUAGUGAUAGAUCCAUGGUGGAUGAGUUAUUUAAAACACCGUGUCAUUUGUCAUGAUGUCAAACAAGUUCUAGAAAAUACCAUUGCAACACGAAUUUCACGCGAAGGAUUAGAUCUUUCAGAUUACAUCACGUACGGGACUAACAAUAAGUACUAUAUGAUAUUAAGCUUGCUAGGAGCUCAUCAAGAAUUAAUGACUCUUGGACGUAUUGAACAAGGGUUUAUUCCUUACUCGCAGGUAAUCGUUGGAUCUGAAGAAGACACAGAAGGGGAAAUCUCCUAUGCAGUCACCCUGCAAAGUGAUGAAGAUAAUGAAAAUCCCCCACAGGAUGACUCUACAGUUGGUGAAGACGAGUUAAUGGUUGAUAUUUUACAAAGCGAGAAUCAUGACGAGCUUGAAAAAGAACUAGUCACUUUAGCGACUGAUUUUGGAAUUGGAGCUCUUGCAAAACCUCCUUUAAGAAAAUAUCAAAAUCAAGACCAAUCCAAUAUUGCAAACGUAUUAACAAUACAUCGUAACGCAAUUGAUCUGUACAGAAAUGUCUACUAUCAGAGCUAUUAUGGUGGCGCAUUGACAAAACGCUACCAUCGAGAGAAUCAAUAUAUUCAUACCUUAACCGUUCCGUUAACAAGUCAGAAUGUACAUUUUAUUGAAAUUCUGUUUCAGAAUUUGAAAGGUCUCAAGAAUUUAACAAUCUUGAGUUACUAUCCAAGAGGUGUUUACACAAUUUUUUCUCAAUUGUUGAAUCAACAAUGCACGUUGUCAAAUAUCGAAAAUUUGAAAUUUGUCAAUCUCAGUAGAGGAUACAUCAGUGGCGACAUGUUUGAGAAAUUGACAACUGUAUGUAAAAGGAUAUCCAAUCUACAGGUUGAAGGUUUUGGUACUUCUCGUUUUGUUGCACUUAAACGUCCAGAACAUACCUUUGAAAUGCAUACAGAACCCAUCAAUGCUUCAAUGCUAGAUAGAAUGAUGCAGACAUAUGAAGGUAUUGAACCCUAUCAAGUUGACGGCUCAAGUUUGUUACGAUCAAUAUUUAUUGACGAUGAACGAUCCUUAUUGGAAAAGAAAAGCAUGAUCGAGGUUAUUUUGAAAAAGCAUUCUUUAGAACACUUUAAUUGGGCUCAAAAUACUGAUUUAUACAGCAAUACCAUCUAUUUACCACUUUUACAAUAUGCCCUCUACUUGAAUAAUCGAUAUUGGAAACGUAGUUUUGGAAAACAAUGCACACCAGAUUUUGCAAUAUCUUGUAUUGAAUAUGGACAUGACAUUAUGAAUAACAUGCUUGAGGUCAUACCAUUGUUACCCUCGGAACUCGCAGAACAAGUGAUAAAUGGAUUCCUCAAAGACCGAUUAAUGAAUGGACAAUUCAUUCUCACAGUCGAGCAAUUUAGAGAAUUGUUGUUAAACAUUUUGGGAAAUCAAAUGAUUGGAACGUUUCUGCCUGCAUUUUCUACUUUAAGAGGUUUUGUGAAAGAUGUCGAUAAGCUAUUUAAGAACUUCGAGGUCACUAAAUUUGGUACUACCCGGCAGCUGAAUUUAUUUCAUUAUCUACUAUUUGUACAAGCGCCGACCUUUAUAAUUGAUUAUUUAAUAGAUUAUUUAUCACCUGAAGAUUUGCUUGAAAUUACAUCUGUUCCUGUACUUCUGCUAGCUAUUCCCUCUUUAAGCAUUUCUGACAUUGGUAUUGUGAAAAUGAUCAAAAAACAACCACUUAUUCUUAAUCAGAAAGCAAAGGGAACUAACCUCACUGCAUUGCAUCUAGCAUGUAGCGACUGCAGACGAUGGAGUUUAAUACCUCUGUUAGUGAAUGAAUGUAAUGAAGAUGUUCACUCCAAAGACGCAAAUGGAAAUACACCAUAUGAUUAUGCUAAAAGCCAGUGUGACGGCUUUGAAAGAGUAAUACCUGCAUGCUUGAAACAAUAG